AUGCUGUUGAGACUUUUUCGGCCGGCGCUGGCCAGGCCGGCUUGCCUUACCCCCUUCUCGACGCGAAUAACUCUGCCAUUCUGCGCGCGCAACCUCACCACGUCGACCGUCGCAAAUCCCGAGCCGUUGACAUCCUUCGAACCCGCGACCAUCUCGGCAUCUUCAGGGCCCAGCCCCCAAGUCCAGCUACCCUACUUCGUUGGUCGGAACAACCUCAACAACCUCAGUGUCUACCAGCUGAAGAAGCGUGGUGGUAACAUGAAGGUCACAUUAUUAAAGAAGGGCGAGGGGAACCUGCAGGCACUGAAGCAGGAUGUCAAGGAUGCAUUGCAGCUCCCCGACGGCGACGUCUCUGUAAACAGCGUAACAAGGCACAUAGUGGUCAGGGGUCACAAGCGGGAUCAAAUCCUGAACUUCUUACACACCAUGGGCUUCUGA